AAUUCGACAACCAUAACAGUAACAAUGGUAUCCAAGUUCAUCGUCAUCCUUGCCCUGGCUGUCGCCGCCUCAGCCGUGCCUCUAGUCCCUAUCGCCAAAGUAGCCUACGCGGAACCAGAAGCGCCCGCACAUUACGAGUUCCAAUACUCUGUACACGAUGAACAAACUGGUGACAUCAAACAGCAGCAGGAAGCACGUGCCGGCGACGAAGUCCACGGAUCCUACUCCUUAGUUCAACCCGACGGUGUUCACCGUAUCGUGGAAUACACCUCGGACAAGGAACACGGCUUCAACGCCAACGUGCGCUACGAAGGACACCCCGUCGCCGCCCCCGCUCCUGCUAAGCUCGCCUACGCCGCUCCCGUAGCCAAACUGGCAUAUUCCGCUCCCGUAGCUAAGGUCGCCUACUCCUCGCCCGUGUCCUACGCCGCGCCUAUCGCUAGAGUGGCCUACUCCUCUCCAGUGUCCUACGCCUCUCCCGUAGCUAAGGUCGCCUACUCCUCGCCCGUGUCCUAUGCUACGCCUGUCGCGAGACUGGCCUACUCCUCUCCUGUCUCUUACGCUGCUCCCAUCAACCAAGUCUCAUUCUCUUCCCCCGCCAUCUCCUACCAUCACUACUGGAGCCGAGGAGUAGGCCACUCUUGCGACGGGAGCGGCGUAGGCCACUCUCGCGACGGGUGCGGCGUAGGACACGGGAGAGGAGUAGGCCACUCUGGCGACAGGCGCGGCGUAGGACACGGGCGAGGAGUAGGCCACUCUGGCGGCGGGCGCGGCGUAGGCGAGCCUAGCGGGAGCGGGGGCGGCGACGGGGUGUCCUUCGUAGCGCACGUUGGCGUUGAAGCCGUGCACCGCGUCGGCGGUGUAGUCCACGAUGCGCUGCACGCCAUCGGGCUGCACCAGAGAGGGACCAAGUGGGAGACUUUGGCCGUGGCUAUCACUGGCUGCCCCACCAGUCUCUCGUCUGUCCAGUUUCAUGACGGGCGAGGGACUGUUGAGGAUGGAGAAAGUGGUACGGGAGUUGCCCUCACCACGAACCCUAGCCCUCGGGAUGACCUGUGGAUGUUGGACACGGGGCGGUCCGUCGUUCACAGUGUAGUCCUCGGGUUGGUUAUCGUGCUGUGGUUCCGGCAUGCUUCUAACGGCGUUUGGGGGCACGUAGCAUCCCAGUGGCGGGUCGCUGAGACGGACAACCUCUGGCGGAGUAACGAGGCGUUGUCGAUCCCUUGUGCUCCGCCGUGCGGCGUAGGACACGGGAGAGGAGUAGGCCACUCUGGCGACAGGCGCGGCGUAGGACACGGGCGAGGAGUAGGCCACCCUGGCGGCAGGCGCGGCGUAGGCGAGCCUAGCGGGAGCGGGGGCGGCGACGGGGUGUCCUUCGUAGCGCACGUUGGCGUUGAAGCCGUGCACCGCGUCGGCGGUGUAGUCCACGAUGCGCUGCACGCCAUCGGGCUGCACCAGAGAUUUAACAGGCACAGUCAAACAUCGACAAUCACAUCAGCAACAAUGGCAGCUAAGUUCGUGAUUCUGUGCGCAUUGGUGGCGGUCGCGUCCGCCGGCCUGGUGCCCGUGGGCCAGGUGGCGUACGCGCAGCCCGAAGCGCCCGCCAACUACGAGUUCCAGUACUCCGUGCAGGACGGACACACCGGAGACGUGAAGCAGCAGCAGGAAGCGCGCGCCGGAGACGCCGUGCACGGCUCAUACUCUCUGGUGCAGCCCGAUGGCGUGCAGCGCAUCGUGGACUACACCGCCGACGCGGUGCACGGCUUCAACGCCAACGUGCGCUACGAAGGACACCCCGUCGCCGCCCCCGCUCCCGCUAGGCUCGCCUACGCCGCGCCCGCCGCCAGAGUGGCCUACUCCUCGCCCGUGUCCUACGCCGCGCCUGUCGCCAGAGUGGCCUACUCCUCUCCCGUGUCCUACGCCGCACCCGUCGCGAGAGUGGCCUACGCCGCUCCCGUCGCAAGAGUGGCCUACUCCUCGGCUCCAGCUCUCGGCCACGUCUCAUACUCCUCACCUGUCAUCUCCUACAGCCACUAGACUAU